UCUUCCAAAGGGGAAUAAAUCUUCCCAAAAAAUAAAUUUUUCUAAAAAGAAAGCAAAAAACUCCUUAAUUCCUUGAAAAUGGCUCCAAGGAAACGCAUUUCGCGGAUUCCCCCACGUGCAGUGGUCCCGGCAGUGGAGACUAUCGAUGGAUCUAGUCGCUCCAUUGGCAUCCAGACGGAUCCCGAGCCCAACAAUCAGUUUGUUGCCCCUCAACCGACCAAGCGCCAAAAGAUUCUGGAGAAGAUCAAGCAGCUGAACAAGUCCAAGCAACUGGAUAUGGCUUCCACGUCGCGCUCCUCCUCCUUUUCCUCAUCGUCGUUUUCGCUACUCACAGCUAUGGAUCUGCAUCCCAAGGCCUUUGUGCCCGGCGACAAUGAGAAGGCCUGCCAGGUGAAGGAGUCGGAGUUGGACGCCAAGCCGUUUGGCCCCAGAUCGGACUUUGCCAUCAAAAUGAAACGACUGAAGACCGAGGUGGACCGUCGACGUACAGAGUCCAUUAUCUGGGACAUUGAACGUUUGGCCACUUUGGAUGAUCAGAUUAACCACGAUCCGCCGCCACGCUGGUCAGCCGCCAGUGAGAUGUGGCUGGAAGUGGAUAAGCUGGAGACACGUAUUGAGUCCUUUUCCCAGGAGGCGGAGCGCAUGUGUACCUCCCUCAAGAGUAACAUUAACUAAGCGAGGGUAAAAGCAAUGUAAACUUGAUCAAAGGUGUACAAAAAAAAUACAUUUCGUAU